UUUUCGCCAUGUCGCACCCAUUCCCAACAGCUGGGAUUGUUCCCUCUUCACACACCAAACUUCCCCUGGCAGCAACUGUUGGGGCUAGAUUAGCUCAGCCUCUCUCCGGCGUGCUUCUCCAUCGGCGGCUCUCACACUCUGGAGGGCGCCAUCUCAGCUGGCCUCUGCUCGCUGCCUCGAACACCAAUGGCGCUGUUGGUGUUUUCACCUGUAUCAAGAACCAGCAGCUGGAAGCCAAACUGAGGGCGGACAAAUACUACGAAGCGGAGAUGACCGUCCAAGACUGCGAGCUCGACAACUAUGGAGUUGUCAACAAUGCCAUCUACGCGAGUUACAUCGAGAAAGCUCGAGAGGAGCUGCUUGUGCGGCUUGGCAUCAGCACGGGCUGGGUCAUAAGCACCGGCAACGCCAUGGCGCUCUCGGAGCAGAACCUCAAGUACUUCACGCCCCUAAGGCGCGGCCAGAAGUUCGUCGUCAAGGUGAGGCUCGCGCGGAUCAAGGGUGUGAGGAUAUUCGCCGAGCACCUGAUCGAGACUCUGCCGGACCGGAAGCUCGUUCUGGACGCGACCGCUACCAUCGUCUGCCUCAAUAUGAACUACCGCCCAACUCGCGUCUUCCCGGAGAUGUCGGCCAAGCUGCACCGCUUCUUCUCUUCCAAGGAUGGCUACUAGAUGCAUCUAUAUCAGGCUAUAUAGUGUCACUGUGUUGAUAUAUGUAAGAAACCAUCUACGUUUUCGAUCGUUGCGUUUGCUCAUGAAUGUAAAGCUAUAUAUGUCGCACAUUCUGUCGAAAAAACACGUGCCGUACAUCAAUGCCCACAGUUUACCUGUGGGGUUUGCAAACAA